AUGACUAACUCCGUCCCUGGGGAUGAUCCCCACCAGAGAACGCCUGAUAUCUCGAAGGCGAAGGAGCAGCUCUGUUGGGAGCCAAAGUUGCCUCUUCGCAAGGGUCUCCGUAUGAUGGUUUCAAACUCCACACUUUUAGCGACCACGGGGACAAUGUGCUUCCAUGUCCACAGACUAAGCAAAGUAUAUACUUUUCCAAUUUAG